AGGAGUCAAUGAGCAGGUUCCCGUCUCUGGGAACUCAGGGUCUCUCCAUUGGGUUGUCUGCAUUUAUGACUCAAGGAGGGAUUUAUGACACAUUGGCAGGCCAAGAAGAAAUGGUUGGAUUCUGUGGUCUCUCUGGCCACCUGUCACAGUCCCCAGCCUCACUCUUCCUGUCAGUGGUGUGAUGUUUCAGGGGCUUCUCCUGAAGCCCCUUGGGAGGCUGCUGCUUGCUUCAGGCCCCCCACCCACUGCCUGCGUGCUUCAGCCACACGUAGGAAGCCCUCUGCUCCGCUGACCAAGGAGGCAGCAGAUGUCAUAGAACUGCUGUUUAGGCCACAAGCUCUAAGCAUGCUCUGUGCCCAGCUCUGAGCUGCGAGAACUAGAUGGGCCAGGGAGAUGGCUGCCAGGGAAGCUCUCUGAGGAGAAAGAAAGAUGCACACGCAGAUACAUAGACGGCAGUCACAAGACCACUGGCAAAUGAAGCAGCAUCUCAGCAUCUGGUGAGAGGUAGGCAGGGAACGGCACAGGUGGCUGCAGUUCCUUGUGCCAGGCACUUUGCACAUAUGGCCACAUGCUCAUUACAGUGGGACAGUGGUUGCUCAAGCCAUAUUUGUCACUUGGUGUGUGGCCUUGGGCAAGUUACUUAAUUUUUCUGAGCGCUGAUUUCCUCACUGUUGAAAUGGCAGUGAGAAAGCAAAGGAGGUGGUGUCUGAGGGGGCUGGAGCUCAGGGCUGCCUGGGCCACAGUGGGCACAGAGCCAGGUGCCAGGAGGCCUUUAGGAAAUAUUUCCUGGCCAAGUGCAUGCCUGAACAGCAUUUCUCAGCCUGCUUCCAUAUUCUCUCCCAGAGGUGGCACUGAACGACGUGAGGCUGUUCUAGAAUAAAGAUAAACACAGCCCCGCUACUGGCCUGCUAGGCUAACCAACAGAAAGAGCCCCCAGCAGGAAGCAAAGCUUUAAAUGAACAUGUGACCUCUCCGGGCCCCACUGGGACCUGCCACCCACACUCACGUGGUUGGAGCCGUUCAGGGCUGUGGAUCCCACAUGGACUGGAUGCCCAGUGUGACAUACUGCGAGGGCCUUUGUGCUCUAGGCUUGGAGUGGUCAGCGAAAGCCUCCAGGAGGAAGAGACAGCCCACUGCCCCGAGCAAGACGGCGCCUGCAGCUGCCUCUGGACGGAGGGACGGGAAGUGGCCAGAAGGGGAAGUGUGAGGAGUUCCCGUCCAGCCUGUCAUCAGUCACUCCAGGUCUUGAAGCAGCAGCCCUGCCUGUGGCUGUGGCCAUGGAGCCCCUGGAGACCCCCGUCAAGGACGGCAUCCUCUACCAGCAGCAUGUCAAGUUUGGCAAGAAGUGCUGGCGGAAGGUGUGGGCUCUGCUGUAUGCAGGAGGUCCAUCAGGUGUGGCAAGGCUGGAGAGCUGGGAGGUCCGGGAUGGUGGCCUGGGAGCAGUGGGUGACAGGUCGGCGGCGCCUGGCCGGCGAGGGGAGCGACGGGUCAUCCGCCUGGCUGACUGUGUGUCCGUGCUGCCGGCCGACGGCGAGAGCUGCCCCCGGGACACUGGUGCCUUCCUGCUCACCACCACUGAGCGAAGCCACCUACUAGCUGCUCAGCACCGCCAGGCCUGGAUGGGCCCCAUCUGCCAGCUGGCCUUCCCGAGCACAGGGGAGGCCUCCUCAGGAUCCACAGAUGUCCAGUCUCCCAAGAGGGGCCUGGUCCCCAUGGAGGAAAACUCCAUUUACUCUUCCUGGCAGGAAGUGGGCGAGUUUCCCGUGGUGGUGCAGAGGACCGAGGCUGCUGCCCGCUGCCAGCUGAAGGGGCCAGCCCUGCUGGUGCUGGGCCCAGAUGCCAUCCAGCUGAGGGAGGCCAAGGGCGCCCAGGCCCUCUAUAGCUGGCCCUACCACUUCCUGCGCAAGUUUGGCUGUGACAAGGUGAGGUGCAAGGGUGAGAAAGGUAGGGGGCUGACACCCUGGACCCUCCUGCUAAUCCCCACCCAUGUUGCCUGUGCCCAGGGUGUGUUCUCCUUCGAGGCUGGCCGUCGCUGCGACUCGGGUGAGGGCCUCUUCGCCUUCAGCAGCCCCUGUGCCCCUGACCUGUGUGGGGCCGUGGCCGGGGCCAUCGCCCGCCAGCGGGAGCGGCUGCCAGAGCUGGCCAGGUCCCAGCCCUGCCCCCUGCCACGGGCCACCUCUCUUCCCUCCCUGGAUGCCCCUGGAGAGCUGCAGGAGAUGCCACCAGGGCCCGAGCCACCCACCUCCAGGAGGGUGCGCCUGGCCGAGCCUGGGCCCCAGAGCCUGCCGCUACUGCUAGGACCAGAGCCCAGUGAUCCGGUGUCCGGGCUCUACGCCUCGGUGUGCAAGCGUGCCAGUGGGCCCCCAGGCACCGAGCACCUCUACGAGAACCUGUGUGUGCUGGAGGCCAGCCCCACGCUGCGUGGCGGGGAACCUGAGCCCCAUGAGGGCCCAGGCGGCCGCAGCCCCACAGCCAGCCCCAUCUACCACAACGGCGAGGACUUGAGCUGGCCUGGCCCCAGCCACGACAGCACCCUGGAGGCCCAGUACCGGCGGCUGCUGGAGCUGGAGCUGGAUGAGGCAGGGGGCACAGGCAGCCCUGGUUCUCAGGCAGGCUUCAAGGCCAAGUUGGUGACACUGCUGAGUCGCGAGCGGAGGAAGGGCCCUGCCCCCUGUGACCGGCCCUGAAUGCCCAGCAGAGUGGUGGCCAGAGGGGAGAGGUGCUCCCCCUGGGACAGGAGGAUGGGCUAUGGGCAAACAGGGUGCUCCUGCAGACACACGCCUGUGUCCACCCUGGCCUGGACGGACAAGGCAGACCACAUGUGGAGGGCCUCAGCCCUGCCCUGCCCUGCGUAUGUACAGUGUGCAGACUUGCAGAUAAUAAAGCUCAGAGCAGCUCCCAAUAGGGGCACUCACAGCACACACCCCCACUCGCGAUCACUGCAGUGAACACCAGCGCCCUGGGCUGAUUCCAGGGACACAGGUGACCUGGCCUGACCUGCCACCCAUGGGCUCAAAUCCACUGCAGCAGAUGGACAAGAUGCAGAUCAUUAGGGCUCCAUGUAGCCCCGCACAUCCAGAGUCGCACAGAGGCAAGUGGAGGGAGAGAACCGUGAGACUUGCUUGUCAGACUCAGGAAGGAGCAACAUGAGGUCCCAACUGGAGACCCAGAAGCCAGAGCUGGGGAGGAGCCAACGGGGGUGGGGAGGAGGUGAAAAGGAUUUCAGAGACACACUCACCCAAAAUGCUUGUUCCCUGCUGAAACUCCAACCAUUUGCAGAAACUUCUGGGAACCCCAGGCCUCAGUCUCCUCAUCUGUAGAGGAGAGAGAACAAAUGACUUAUUAGGCAUAUUCCUUGAUGAGAGUUUUGCUGCGUGCCUACUCAGUGCCAGGCACUGGGGGACACGACCGUGUUCAGGACAGCUUCGGUCCUGUUCUCCAGGAGCCAGCAUUCCAGGGGGAGAGAAGUUUCCUGAAGACUGAAUGCUGCGUUCCCUCCUCUGCUCCUGUUGCCAUCCUAGGAGCCAGCCAUGCUCAUAAGCAUCACACCUCCAGGGGUCUGGCUUCUUGGCCCUCACCACAACGCCACCUCAUUUGCCCACAUCCUUGGCACAUCCUGGACCUCAUCUUCACGACGGACACACCGUUUUUGCUCUCUCUUGUCCAAGCCCCAUCCUCUGGCCACCUCCUUCCAGCUCACUUCCUCUAGCACAGCCAAUACCACCCCUGCUCAGCGUGUCGACCUGCAGGGACCCUUUUCUGGCUCUCUGAGGCCUCUGCCCACCGUCCUCUCUUUGUUCCACGUAGCUUCUGUGUCCACCAUGGAGUCCUUUCCCCGCUCUCCUUUCUCCUUUCAUCCUAUUGGUCUGGCAAAGCCCCGGUCUUUGGGUGAACCCAGACCUCCUCUGUGCCUGCACACAGCUGCCCACAGCCAGAGAAAUCCAUUUAAGCAGGCUGCCUGCAUCCUCUUUAACAAUGCAAGGUAGGUGCUCCCUACCACCAAUACCCUGCUCCCUAGAGGGGCAGCUUUUCUCCUCCCCAGAACCUCCUCUCUGUCUCCACCAAGUGUCUCCUCACAGGCAUGUUGGGGAAACAGGUCAGUCUCUUGACUGCGUUUGCAAUUGUUCCAGCAUCCAUCCGUCUUCUCCUUCCUGCCCCUACAAUAGAAGAAAUGUCUGUCUCCAGCAUAUACUCUGAUCCCAGCUCCUCUCACCUCAGAGUUUGGAAAACUGCGCUGUCCCUGCUGUCUCCUGGACCCAUUCAUCCUAUCAGCAGCAGCUCUUCCAGCCACACACGAACAUUCUCUGUAAUUUCCCAUCUUAAACCUUCCCUUGACCUCACAUUCCCCUUCAGCCACCUCCCUGUUUCUCUGUUCCUCUUCACAGCAGAAACUCUUCAAAAGAGUUUAUUACUUUCAUUUCCACUUUCUCACCCACAUUCUCCCCUUAAUUAACUCUCCUUCAUCCCCACGAUGCUAUUAUGUGGCUCUUAUUUGAGUCACCAACUUUAUUCUCCAAAAGCAACAAGGCCUCCAACUUCUCAACAGCGUUCAGCUCUGGUUCCAGAAACACCCCACUGCCUGGUUUUCCUCCCACCUCACAGCUCUCCCCUUCCCAGCCUCUAUUGCCGUCUUUUUUGAGUUCUUCCCAGGGCUCUAGGCUCGAUACAGUGUAGCUCAACCCUGGAUACAUAAAGAAUCCCCUGAAAGUCCUUAAAAAUGUCCACACAUGUCCUGUGAGUGACCUACCAAGAGAAUAAAAGAUUUU